AGUCUCCGUUUGGCAGCAAAUUGGUCUCAAAUUGGCUGACUACAUCUACGUGUGACGCAUCCUAUCCUAGCGAGAGAGUGCGUUCAAACCAUUCAAACACCUUUUUGGCAGAGUACUAUUUUUUAGCGUGCUUCAGACAAAAUUUAUGUUAAUUUCCGCCCGAUGUGUGCAAAUGUAAACGAGUGUGUACCAGUGGCGCGCAUCGACGAAUGUAAACAACUCGCUCGUUUUGCUUACGGCGGAAACCGGUUGUUCCAUCCGAAGCCAAAUUCCGGUAGUUGCAGUUGGUGCUCGUCAAUUUCCCUUCCAGUGUUAGUAGUAUCGAGUGUUUUGGAACGAUGGCGCCUAAAAACUCCGGAACGAAACAGGAUGACGAACGAAAGUCGCGCCCAUCCGAACCUCCUAUCAACGGUGGAAAGUGCCCAAUCCUGGAUCACCGGUGGGACAUCAAGUUUACCGGUACGGUUAUCGAAGCGCUGCAAUGCAAUAACCAGUUAUAUCCGCUGAAGGAUUGUCCCAUUUGUCCCGAGAUGUUUGGGAGUGAGCCAACAUCAUCCGAGAACCAAACAUUCCAUCUGACUGUGAAGCAAACCCGAGUUUCGACCUUUCAAAUUGGCGUCGGAAACCGAAGCGACGUACCGGUCUGGUUGGAUUCGGUUCUUUUUUUUUAUGCCGACGGAAAGCUUGGGAAAAUAUUAGUCAAAAAGCCGGUGCUUCUAGGAGCAGCGCUCGAAAAGGGUAUCAGCAAGGAUAUUGUCACAGUCGGAGAGAUGGUGCUAACGGUCGGCCGAACCUAUCGUGUAAUUUUGAAGGGAAAGCCGGGGGAUGAUAACUCCGGAGAGCACUGUAAGCUGAUCAUCGAACAGUAUCGCCUUAUGGAGGAUGAGUCGAAGGUUAACGGGAAGAGGACCGAGUUCAAUCUGACCAAAUUGCGCCCGUUUAUAAUAUCGCCAUUAGUUUCGGUCCUGUACAUGAACCACUUCAAGAUCGAUGAUUCAUCUAUGCAGAAAGAUCUUCUGAAACUAAUUGAAACUUCCAAGCAGGAGUUUUCGCCGAGCAAUUACAGCCAACAAAUUGAUCUUCUAAACCAAAUCGAACUGCAUCACCUGCUGCAGGAGUUCAGCAAAUACACACUUCAGAAACCAGUGAUCCAAGCGACGGAAUCUCCGCUGCAUUACAACAUUUCGAUUGAACAAUUCGCCGUAAGACCGUCCCUGCUGAGUGAAGACGUCAGGGUACAAUUCGUCAAGGAAGAAAAGCCCAGAAAUGUGUUCGGAUAUGUUUCGAAAAUUACCGCCGAAAUGAUCGUAAUCCUCGUGGAAAAGCGAGUUGAUAUCGAUGAUGUGACACGAGUCGUGUUUCACGUGGACCGAACCACGUUUCAGCUGGAGCAAACCGCGCUGAAACUGAUGAAGGAACCGCUGGUCGAGCAAAUUUGCUUUCCCACGGCAGUUACCGGCGGUCCUGUGGAGGCUAUUGACAGCUUCGAAUGGUUCCGUCCGGGCAUUACAUCCAACAAAGAGCAGAUGGUGGCCGUCAUGAGCAUUGUCAACCAGACUUCGUUUCCGGCCCCGUACAUCCUAUUCGGGCCUCCGGGCACAGGCAAAACCUCUACCCUGGUGGAAGCCAUAGCCCAAGUCUACAAGCUUCGGCCAACUGCAAACAUCCUGGUGACGGCCACGUCCAAUUUUGCCGCCAACGAGCUGACCUGCCGUCUGCUGCAGGUCAUCCCGAGCAGCAGCAUUUUCCGAUACUUUUCGCGUACCAGCGGCAAAAAGAUCGACGAAAUCAACUGGGAUAUUGUUGAAGUUUCCAACUUGGCUGGAAGUUCGACCGGAAACAUCUGCCAUGAGGACAUCUACGGCUCCCGAGUGGUGGUGACUACCCUGACGAUGGCCGGUAGACUGGUGCAGGCGCGAAUCAAUCCCAAACACUUCAGCUAUAUAUUCAUCGAUGAAUGCGGAAGUGCUAAGGAGAUCACCUCGUUGAUUCCGAUAGCUGGACUUGCCACACAUAACCAAGAAAUCAACGCCAGCAUUGUAUUAGCGGGCGAUCCCAAACAGCUGGGGCCAGUUUUGCAGUACGAGCUACUCAAGCAAACCGUUCAUGGUCAGUCUAUGCUCGAACGUUUGAUGAACCUUCCCUUGUACGCUCAGGAUCCGGAGACGAACGAAUACAACGGUAAGGUUGUAUCGCAGCUACGUCAGAGUUUCCGCUCUCAUGCCAAACUGCUGGAGUUUUGCAACCAGCAAUUCUACAACGGGAUGCUUCAAGCGAAGGCUCCAAACGACAUUAAGGAGCGCGCCGUUGGAUGGUGGCGUCUGCCAAACCGAAAAUGUCCAAUUAUUCUGCAUCCUAUUGAUGGCCUUGCGGAACAAGACAAGUACAACUUCAGCUUGUUCAACCGGAAGGAAUGUUGGACGGUCAUGUUCUACGUUGGCGAUUUGCUGAACAAAGGAAUUAACGGAAGGUCGGUAACGCAGAGUGACAUCGGUAUCGUUUCACCCUACGUUCAGCAGGUACGGUAUCUGAAGAAUUGCUGCACAUCGCGGGAUUGGACAGACAUCGAAAUAGGGUCGGUCGAGCAGUUUCAAGGGAAAGAGAAAGCCAUCAUUCUUAUUUCCACCGUUCGAUCUCGGUGCAAAAACGUAGGAUUCUUGGCCGAUGCCGCGCGGCUAAACGUUAUGCUUACCAGGGCGCGGUCGCUCAUGAUUGUGGUCGGUAAUCCGGAAACGUUGGGGCUGGAUCCGUUGUGGAAAAAGUUUAUCAAAUUCUGCCGCCAAAACGGAGCGAUUGCCAGGUCGCAUGACCGGAAGCCGAAGUUGAACGGGAAAGAAACGAACAGUGAUAGUGCGAUAACUGCCUUGACGGGCGAGUCUGUGGCGUCAAUGAAUUCGCUGAUGGCGGAGAUUCCAGACGACUGGUUCGAGGGGAUUAAUAUGCAGGAACUUCACGCAAUAAUCGAUAGCUUCUACCGCCUCGACCUAGAUCGUCAAAUGUAGUUACUGUUGUGAAGUUGUCUUUUUAAAAUGUGAGCGUUAAGUUUGAUGUCAUUUUAAGUAAAUCAUUAUCGUACAGUAAUUCUCAUACAUAUUAUUUCAGCUAUCAUUCAUUAAAUUUAUCCCAACCGAAAUUUCUGAAAGGAAUCCUGAUAGAAUUUCUGCAGAAAUCUUCGGUAGAAUCCCUGUAUAAAUCUUAGGAGGUCUUUUUUACUUAAUCUUUUUUUUUUUUUUUUGACGUUUCCACUAUGUGGAGAGCUCGGACAUAGUUGAUCUGUUACUGAAUCUUUGGAAGAAUAUCCGAAGAGGAAUAUUUUUAAGAACUUCCUGGAGGAAUACCUGGAGAAACUUAUUGGGAAUCCUUGGUGGAAUUUAUUAAAAAAUAUUGAGGGAUGUAUAAAAAAAUGUUUGAAGAAAUCCGUUAAUAAAAUCAUUGGAGUAUUUUCUGAAAGUAUUCCUGGAAAAAAUUGUGGCAGAAUUUCUUAAAAAAAACUUGUAAGAAUACUUGGAGAAGCACAUAGAUAAGCGUCUGCUAAGAUCCCUAAAAAAACUAUUGUGAACUGUAGAAAUUCCAAGGAAAUAUUUUCAAAUUAAUUUUCUAAAGAAUCCGUCCAGGAAUUUUUGGCUUUAUCCUAAGAGGAAAUGACAGAUACAUUUCUGGGGCAAUACAUGGAGGAAUAUCAGGAGAAAGUUCUGAAGGAAUCUCUGUAAGAACAUCUGCAGUGAUCUCUGGAAUUUCUGCUUGAAUCACUGAAAGUAGUAAUGCAAGAUCUUUGGAAGAAUUCCUGCAGAAUUUUCUGGAUGAAUCCAUGAAGAAAUUUCUGAACACAUUAAUGUGGAAGUUUUCAAUGGAAUCCCCAGAGCAAUUAUUUACCAAAUCUAUCUGAAUUGAAUGAAUUUCUGGAGGAAUAUCGGGGAAAGGUUCUGAAGAAACUACUGGAAGAGUUUAUUAAAGAAUCUUUGAAAUAUUUCUAAAGAAAUCUCUGAAGAAAAUUCUGAAGAAAUCUCUGGAGAAAUUUCCGUUAUUUUUUAUAAAUGAAUUCCUAGAAGAAUUUCUUAAGCAAUUCCUGAUGGAGUUUCAGAAGAACCCAUAGAGAUCUACGGAAAAGAAUUCUUGGAGAAAUUCAUCAGA